AAAGGGUCUGUCUGGUGGGCGACAGUCAGAGCGCUGUCUCCGAGUGCUCGCGCGCUUCACGCCGCCACUCAACAGAUCAGACGCACGGUCGUGAAAGACCGCAAAGAACGCGAAGACACUGCUAUAUCUCAGGACAUUUGCUUCCUCAGAGCCCGUUUAUCUUUGGAGUAUCCAAGCAGGAUCGUUAGCCGGUGUAAGAGAGACAGAGAGAGCGGAGGAGGAGGAGGAGGAGGCCACUCCUUUGAUAAACUGUGCAAACGCACAAGGCUCGCUCAUACAGCUUCUAUUGCUUCUGUUUACCAUCAGCAGAUGUGUUUGGACUCAUAAAUCACUACAGCCGUGUGUGUGGAUCCUCUGCGUUCACGAUCAUCCCGUGUCGGAUAUUCAAAGGGAAAACAUGUAACCAGGUGACACAAAUGUAGACUUCCUUGGUUACGUGGAUCCGAGUGCCAUGGCCCUUCAGACAGCCAGACCUCACAAACACCUGUCAAGAACGAGCGCUGGGAUCCCGCUUCUGAUCUAAAAGCACAACCAAACAGAAGAAAGGCUAGAGUUGAGAUCCUACAGCAGCAGGAGUGAGGUGAAAGCACAGGCACAUCGCAGCCAUGCUGGAGGAGGACAUGGAAGUGGCCAUCAAGGUGGUAGUGGUGGGGAACGGGGCGGUCGGGAAGUCCAGUAUGAUCCAGCGAUACUGCAAGGGCAUCUUCACGAAGGACUACAAAAAGACCAUCGGGGUUGACUUUCUGGAAAGACCGUUCAUAGUUAAUGGGGAGGACGUCAGGCUGAUGUUGUGGGACACGGCAGGACAGGAGGAGUUCGAUGCCAUCACCAAGGCCUAUUACAGAGGAGCUCAGGCCUGUGUGCUGGUCUUCUCCACCACCGACAGAGAGUCCUUCGAGGCCAUCAGCAGCUGGAGAGAGAAGGUGGAGACGGAGGUCGGGGACAUACCCACCGUCCUGGUGCAGAACAAAAUCGACCUUCUGGACGACACGGUUAUCAAAAAUGAGGAGGCUGAAGGUCUCGCUAAGAGGCUGAAGUUGAGAUUCUAUCGGACGUCAGUGAAAGAAGAUCUGAACGUCAAUGAGGUUUUUAAGUAUCUAGCUGACAAAUAUCUACAACGACUCAAGCAACAGUCAGCAGAAGAGUCGGAGGUUGUUCACUCAUCCAGCAAUAAAAUAGGUGUUUUCAACACUACCGGGGGCAGUCACCUCCACCAGGCCGCCGGCGAUCUGAACGGCCGUGAGGUCAUUAACCUGCGCCCAAACAAGCAGAGGACCAAGAAAACCAAAAACCCCCUCGGCAGCUGCAGACUGCUGUAGAACGUGUCUGAUUCACAGUAUGCCUUGCUGCAGGUCAUCCCAAGCUUCAAUAGCACUAAUUAGAGUCCACUCUGAACGUGUGAAAUCCAGAGCAGAGCUGUCAGAGGUGUGUGUGUGUGUGUGUGUGUGUGUGUGUGUGUCAUCAUGCUGCUGGCGUCCUCUGCUGGCUGACACUAGU